AGAUGAAGUGUCUUGCACAAAACCAGAUGUCGGUCGCUUCCUAUUGCGCGAUGGCCUGUUUUGAUUGAGAUCAGGCUCUUUGGCGGACAAAAAGGCUGAGAAUAAUUACGCAUUCGCCGAGAUACAGAGCAUCAGCAGGUAGAUGUACAUACUUAACUUUGUUGAGUUGUUAUUUGCAAAGUGAAGGAAGAAAUCAUCUACAUAGCACGUUCAAACUUGUGAGGAAGGUUAACAAUUGUCAAAAGAAAGAAAUCGAAGUACAGAAUAUAUCAUAAUCUCGAGAAUAAUUUUAAACCGAAGAGGAUCCGCCUAGGGUCAAGAUGUUUUCUUUACGACCAGUGGCCAUGGGCAUAAUGACAGUGGCACUUCUUGUCCUGGCCACUUCAAUUAGCACGGACGAAUGGUACAGUGUCACAACAGUAGCAAAGCGAAAGUUCAAUGGUCUCUGGAAUCAUUGCGUUCAGAUGAGUGGGCGAGAUACAAGUUGCAAUUUUCUACGCGGCUGGGAGCCUAUUUCAGAUGAUACGAUGACGGCAAUUCGAGGAUUUUUUGCACUGGCAAUUCUGUUCCAACUUGGUGCAAUAAUAUAUCCACCAUUUUACAAGCAGAUGGCGAGUGGUAUUGUGAAGCUAGAGUUUAUGGCGAUUCUUUGUUUGAUUGCGACAUGUUUUGCUUUCUUGGGAAUGAUAAUAAUAACUCACGAAGUGAUACACCAUAACGAAGGUCCCACGUUUGGUUGGUCGUAUUACCUUGGCUGGGCUGGCACUGGGGUAUCGGCAGUUGGGGCAGCACUUGGAGCAAUAUCAACGCGAGACGAUGUUUACAUGGAUCAAGGGAUGUAACCUUCACGACAAAAUUGCAAUGUAACUGGACGGAUGUAACCGGACGGAAAGCCUUGAUAUCAGUCAUGGAGGUACAUAGUGUCCUUGCGUGAGAACAGCAAUCUUGUAGUUACAGAAUUAAAUUAUCGGAGAAAGAAAAAGCUUGACGUACUGCGUAAUAAGAGUCCUGGAAAGAACUGUAAUAUAAGAUAAAAUAGAGCUUUGUGACGACACAAGGUCUGACUAGUUAAGCAAUACUUAUUGUAGUUCGGGAAAUGGAAGACCUACUUAAAUUAUCCUGUGGCAAGAUAGUGUAGCAAAAUACUUAGCAUGGCAGAUCGUCUGCAUCAAUACAAAAUCUGUCACUAGCGACAUAUAGACUUAUAUUUUUAUCGCAGGUAAAUUUAAUAGGAAAUGGCAAAGUGUGAAACUUUAUAUAAUUGUUCUCCAAGAAAAUUAUCUUCUGCUCAUUGUUCACCACACACAAAGACCUUUUAUUAAAAACAUUUCUUUAUCUAAGCUUAGCAAAUAAGUUUUACAUGCAAGCUUUACAUAAUCCAAGAAAGUAAUUUGCGUUGUAGAUAAAAGCAUUUAAAAUCUUUAAAGCUGUACUUGUAAAAGAGUAAUUAUUUUAAAUCAUUCGCGUAGAAUCUUUUAGAUUAUAAAUGCUACAUAGAAACAUAGGAAGCAUUUGAAAAGAUGGGUUCGCUGGGAGGACAUGUAGACAAACAACGAAACCUCCGUGAGCUGAAAAUAACAAUUUACCUUUUAAACAAGUUUUACAUCUAAUUCAUUUUAAAACUUUAUUUUACAGUAUACUG